AUGGGCUCAUAUUUUGGUCGAAACCAGUCGCCCAAGCCGUCCAACGAGCGCGUCCAUUCCUCCUAUCCCUAUCCGCACGCCCAAGCCUCGCCCGUCUCGCAUACAGCGCCCGUACUUCCACCCAUACCAAGCAUCGCUGAUGUCGCCGAUGAUGCGCAACCCACCGGACUGGGCCUCGAUGCCACCUUCUCCUUCGACCCGAGUCCGCAACACUCGACACCCUCUUCGUCUUCGAAUCUUUCGACACCGUCGCCAGUCCGCGAUGCUGCGCCCGCUGCCAACCCUGCUGUGCGCCCGCAAAACUUGCAGAAGGGUAGGGCUGUGACAAGUCCCGUAGGUGCCUUGCCUAGCUUCCACCAGACAAAUUUAUCACCAUCCUCGCCUCUGGCCGCUCUCUCGGUGCCUUACUCGUCGACUACCGCCCAGGCCAAACCUCGUGCAGGAAGCCGCCCACUUCCUGCCGAGUCAACAAUCAAUGGAGUUCCCCAGCAUGCGAAGACGUCUAAGCAGAGACCAGAACUGCAUUCGAACAAGUCAUCCAAGGGCAAAUUCAACUUGCUUAAUCCCGUCAAUUUGCUUAUGCGCAGACGUUCUGCACAAGCUGUCGAAACUCUGGAGAAGACUACAUCCAAGAACUUGGCAAUACCGCCUAUGGAUCUUCCAGAUGACUACGAUCCGCGAAUCAGAGGCAAUGUUGUACACGACUUCAGCGCUCCCAGGACUCGACGCACGCCGUCUUACGAUCCGAGUAUAGCAGAAGCUUCAACAAAACCUUCAACUGCAAAUGACUCGAUCAAAUCGCAUCAAGAGUCGAUUGAUCGCGAUUCCAAGAGACAAUCGGUCCAGCAUACCCCCAUCUUUGUCGAGCACAUUGACAGCGAACCCGAUGCGGACCGUGUUCAUGCUGAAACUCUGGCGAACAGUGACUUCGUUGCCCGUAAUUCAUGGCAGCAGAGUGGAGGGUCACUCGGCAUGCCUCCAUUUGGCCGCCGGAGUCAACUUUUCGAAGACCAAUCCCAAUCUGAGCCUGCUUCGGAUUCUCCGCAUUCUGCCAUGAGCGCCAUGAGUGGCCCAGGGUGGCAGUAUCACGAUCCUGAGCGUGUCUACUCUCCGAUAUCACCUGAGCCUGUUCCCGCGUCAAUCCCCGAGCACGGCGAGCCUAGAACUGAGAGGAACGAGCCAGUGUCAGCAUCGACUCAACAGGUGCCUCAACCAUCACCCGAUCUUCUGCCGAAUCCUUCGUCUACAUUGCCUAGGCAUAUGACCAGUACAGCUUCGCGUUUCAGUUUCCAAAUAGCAAAAGACUCGAUAGCAGAAGAGAAGCUGUUAGAAGAGAGACAUAAGCUUCGACAGUCAAAUGCCGUUCAAGAUCCAUCUACUUUUGAGCACGACGAAUACGAAGACGAAGAAGAGGAUACCUUCGAUGAGGAUGCCAUGUACGACCACGACGAGAUGGAAGACGCUCCUACGAAUGGCCUUUACGAACAUCUCAAUUCUGGCCUGCCUGAACACCUCUCUACCAUGACUCUGGACUCCGGCCGAGGCCACCUGUCUGUGGCUUCCUCAAGCACCUUGUACUCCACUACCACCCCUUCAACAAUACAACCAGCGUUUCACAACCCAUUGCGUUCCAAUCCGCCACCAAACUCGACCCAUCAACAGCCUACAGGUCCCUUACUUGAGACUUCAUCAACUGCGUCCCAGCAGCUACCGGCUAGACCGUCUUCUGCCAACUCUUUCUACUUUGAUGACGGCAUGAUUGAAGAACUCGAUGAUGUGCACGAAGAAGAGAAUGAUGAUGAGACCUUUGAUGAAGACAAAUUCGACGAUCCUUCAUAUCUCAAGAGGCCUAACCAACCACCCCAUCUUCACGAAACUCCCGCUACCUCCUCGGUCCAGUUCCCUACAGAUGUGCCUGUUCAUAAUGUUAAUGGUUAUCCGUUCCUCAUUCAGAACCCCGGAACUGGCCAUUUCUCUGCUGAAUCACCAUUCUCCGAGAGCUCUUCUCAACCUAGUGAGCAACAACGAGAAGUUCAGGAUGAAGCAGCGCGACAUGAUUCUCAACAAGGCCCGCCUGACUGUCAUAACCUCUCUGCAUACCAUAGUGCUUUGGCAGAAGCCGCACAUCGGGCUGCUGCUGAUGGCAAAUUCACAAGACAGAACAGUAUAGCAGCUUCUGAUUCUGUUUACUCGGAGGACUAUGAACAAGACGAAAAGAAUGGCUCGCAGCAAUCACAGUACCCACAGGCGUCAAUGCACAUGCCUAUGCCCAUGCCUGCGCCUAUGCAGAUGCAGAUCCCACCCUAUAUGCAGAUGCAGAUGCCACAACAAUCGCCAUAUCAAAUGCAGAUGCAAAUGCAGAUGCAGAUGCAGAUGCAACCUCAGAUGCGUCAAAGUUACAUGUCUGACUCGACUCACGCUUCUCGUGGCUCUUACUCGGCAUUCGACUUUGGCUUCAGCGAUGGUGCAACCAUAGAGGAUACUUUCUCUUCCCCAGAGUUCCCUAAUGACGACUUUGCUUUCGACGAUUCAGACCUGAUUUCCGCUGCAAACUCGGAAGCACUUGCGAACGACGAUGAAGGGUUCUAUAGUCAAGAGUUCGGUUUCUAUGCCAGGGCACGUCCUGGAGGCGAUCCUGAUGCGGUCGAGGCCAUCAAUGGGGGUUACUUUGGCGCGCCUGGAAUUGAGAUUGUACGACAGAAGAGUGUGAAGGAGCCAAAUUUGACUCCCAUCACCGAGCGCAGUGAAUUCAGCGCACGUAACUCGUACAUCGGCCCAUUCAGCCCUCUUGCCGCCGCUCUUCCAUCGCCUGGCUUUCCACCUGCUCAUAUGGCAGCAGCGCGCAUGAGUCCUCUUGCUUGGCAGCAUUUACAAGAAGAUGAGAUGACACUUGCAGAUCUCCGAAGACUCAAGCAAGGUGCAUUCGGCAGCAGUAGCAAUAGUGUCAACUCCUUGUCCUCGUCUUUCGGUGUACCGGCUCCUUACAGUCCCACCAUGGCUGCACAGAAUAUGCCUGGUGGCUAUUUCAUGCCGCGCGCUAGCGGCAGUGUCCCGAUGGCCUGGCAGCGUAGCAACGACAGCAAUUCUAACUAUAAUCCAUCUAACCAUUCUUCUAGCCCUGUCCCUACAUCGCCAAUCCACCCAUCGAUGUCCAACGGUGUUAACCCCAGCCAGUCACACAAUUCGCCUCUGCAGCCUGCAUUUGCAUCCUUCGUGUCAGACAAUUUCUCAACUCCUAAGAAGAAUUCAUCCGGUCUACACGAAUUGCCAGGGACGCCUGUGACGGCGAAAAAGGCUGCAGCCAAGGACACAACUGCAGCUCCAGAACGGCAAUCAUAUCAAACACAUUCACGAUCUGGCAGUGGUGCAGACAACAUCACUUACGUUCGCGAAGAAGACUCCACAGGCGGCAAGCGCUGGGUUCUCGAAAGACGGCGUACGAGCGAGGCUGGUCUACUGGAGCUCAUCGGCAGAGAAGUUGUCGAAGGUGGCCGCAUUUGA